AUGAAGAUACAUUCAUUUACUCUGUGUGUUCAUCAGUCAACACUCACCUCAUCAUCUUAUUCAAAGGAAUCACUGUCAUUAAUUGAUAUGGAUCCGUGUCUACUAAACGGUAGUUUUUGUUGGACUAUAUACAGUUCAUAUUCAGUUGGCCCUUCAGAGCAUAUUCGUCUGUCUGUUGAGAGUGAAGAAUAUUAUAAAUUGUUUUAA